CCCCUGCAGUAGCUGAAGCACAGUUGAAGGUGUGGCUCUCCACGGUAAGAACUGAAACUACAGAGCUCUGACGAUACUGUUCGAAUCCGUCAUCUUAGAACUCAAGCGAAGAAGUUAUUACAAAGAGACCAUGAAGGGCUAUACUCUCCUAGCGUUGAUUGUUGUGUUCAGCUGUGUGUCAGCAUACCAAGAUGAUGAGGUCGCCCUUUUGGAGCGCCUUCUGGACUUGAAGAGGUCUCAAAAUCUUCAUUUUGAGGAGGCCCUGGAAGAAAGAAAACUUGAAGAAAAGAAUGAACCGACACUUCGGGAGCUUCUCCGUAAUGUUGAGAGUCUGUUGAAUAAACGCACACACACGCAAGAAGGAGCUUUUGCUGAACAAAGACGUGGAUGUGGCUCAUGCCGUUCAAAUGAGUAUUGUGACGGGGGCCGAUGCGUACCUCAUGCGGAGGACUAAAUUGAUGUGAUGGACUGUUGAAGACAACGAGGAA